CCAGGACUGGCUUCCUCAGGAGGGAAGUGUGAGGCGCCUCCUGUGUGCAGAUACCUGCUGCGAAAUCUGCAAUGCCAUGGCUCUGGAGAUUCAGCAGUUGCUGGCGGGUGAGAACACCCUGAUCUCUCCCCCUUCAUCGGGGCCAUCGCAGGGCUCCUCUUGCCUAGAGAUUUUGUCCGUGUCUUUCCAUCAGAGUCUACAGCAACAUUCCGUACACUCCAAAGCACUUGCACUUCAAUCUGCAACCCCCCCAGUGUUGCAAUUAGUGGAUCAGAAAUCCUUAACACAGUCAGCUGUCCAGUCAGCUGGUACAGUCAGGAUCCAUGAUUGCUGCGCUGAACACCUCCAGCUGGGGCAGGGAUUUCAAAUUCCAGAGGUGCCCAGGGGCCCAGAGACUUUAUGUUGUUCAAGAUUUGAGGAGCCUACGGUUCCAGUAAACCAGCAGGAGAUGAUGCAGAGUAGCCCCGGCCUUGUCUGUGGAAACCAAGGGCAACAGCCCUUGAAUUCCCAGGUGUCUCUGCAGACCCUGAACCAAGAAAUCACUACCCUGACACACCCUAUGGCCUUGCAUAUGGUUACUGUCCUCCCUGCCCACCUGCCAUUCCUCAGUCCUGAAGUCCUGAGGCUUCUUGAGGUACAUGUGAAAAAAUGGAUGCAUUUCCAGAGGUGGGGGCUACCCAGACGUGUGGAGGAGUCCCUGAGGCAGCUUAUGCCAAACCCACCGUUGUUUUACCAACCUGUAAAUAACCAACCAGUUUCUUUCAUCCAGAAGAAUACUUCUAAGUUCUCUAUUGAAAAAUUUGGGACGUAUUCCUACCAGACCUGGGGUUCAUGUAUGGCCAGCCAGCCUACCCAGGCCUUCUGGGUUUCUGAAUGGUCCAUUAUGGAUCCAGAACAAAGACACCACCAGCAGCAAAUCCCAAACCAUAUGGCUCUGGCUUUGCCCUCUCCAGCCCUUAAAGACUCAAGUGGCCUCUAUGCACUUCCUGGGUACAAGGAUCAUGACACAGUGGGCCAUCUGCAGCAGAAAUACAGCCAGCUAUUCUGUGGACUCCCUUCUCUGCAUAGUGAGUCCCUGGUUAACACCUUCUUAGGCUCUCAAAGUUUUUCCACGAAUGGGAGCAUGCCCAAGCAUCCCUUGAAGGAUCCUCUUCUCUUUAAGGAACUCUCCAUCCUCCCUCUGCUACCUAAAACUCCACCGCAAUCAGCCACAACCUCUUCCCCAACUUCCCCAAAUUGGGUCAUUCAAUCUGACUACCAACAACCUCAAAUCAGUGUCCCAUUUCUGACUCUGGCCGAGUGUGAUGCCUUGGAAUGGCACCUGCUGCAGAGGCAGCUCCAGCUUCAGUGGGGCUUGCCAGCUGCUUUCCAGAGACCUCAGCACACCCAGAACCCCAUGCAGUACAAGCCCUGUGGCAAAACCCAGUUUCCUGAGACAGUGAAAACUUCCUGGCCAGUGAAGCCCAUCACAGUCCUCACUAGGGAACUAGUCUUUUUCCCAGAGCAUGCCCGGAGGCUGCUAGAAUUCCACCUCCAGCGGCAGUUGAUUCACCAUCGCUGGGGCCUGCCCCAAAAGAUCCAGGAGUCCAUCCAAUUGCUCCUGUCCCCCACUGAUCAGUCGACUCUGUCCUGGAGCAGCACAGCCCUAGCCAACGUGCAUGUUUCCCAACCCACAGCUCUAGAGGCUGCUGGGGCCGGUGACUCAUUCCCACCCAUCACAGACCCAGUGUCAGUCCCCAUGCCACACUUGUUUGACCAGGCCAAGGCAAUAUUGCAGAGCCACAUCAACUCCAAAUGUGGGCAGAUUCACCAGGGCAAGGUGCCUGCUCGUGUAUAUAGCUCUUGGCAGUGCAUAAUCCCCGGGGGCCUGCAAGUGGCUCCCUUCACCUGCAUCCCAGAAAGCAAGCCCCUGGAGCUACAGGCAGCAACUGACCCUGCCCUACAACAGAAAGCUGUGCCCUGGAUACCAACGGCCCUUGAUCAACAGCAACAAGUCUCACCAGGUGCUGUCACUGAACACCCUAAGCUGCCCCAAGCCCUGUCCGAGGGAGCCAUUGAGAAACUGGAGACAACUUUGCGGCACAAGUACCUGGCCUUCUUGUCAGGGCUGCCUUCUCUUUAUUAUGUGGCUCUCUCUAGCGCCAAGGCACCAGCAAUCUCUACCCAAGCUGUAAUCACAGGAAUGGUGCCUGGACCUGGUGAAUUCCCAACUGAACCUCUGACUCAGAUGAUCUCAACUGAAGAGCAGUGUCUGAGUCCUAGGCCAUGCUUUCAAGAUGCCAACGAGACUUGUGCAGACAUUGCAGAUGAACUCCAGGUUGAAGAGCAGGCGGAAGAAAUGAUCAAGACGGUGCCUCUAGAAAGCCAGGCAGAGGUCUCUGGGCCCUGCACACCCAAGAAACCCUCCUUAGCCAAACUAAAUUUCCAUCUAAGAAAGAAGAUCCUAGAGAUACAACUGGGAAUUCCCAUAAAGGCAAGGUUGUCCAGAGAACAAACUGUAGCAACCCCAGACAACACAUCCACACAGGAGUCUCUGGGGAGUCUAAACAACCAAGGGAAAACAUUGCUCCAGGAUCUCCCCAUCACACCAGACACUCCUCGUGUCCCAGAUCCAGAAUGGCUCCACCUUAAAGAACAGCUGGUCCUUGAGUUAAAGACAGUGCAACAGAACCGGAAGCAACCUAGUUCAAGAGCAGUACCUCAUGGUUCUGCCCACUGGGCCUCUAAGAUCUCACAACCCAGUGGGGACAUGACAGAGGCCCAGGUGCUUUGUGUUCAGUUGGAGGCCAGGGUGAACAGACCCAACCUGGAGGAGCCCUGGAGCCCUGAGCCCCAAAGCCCUGGCCACAGCAAGGACUCAGCCCAAGUCCCCAUGCCGGCAGAAAAGAGAGAGGACCCAGGGAAACCCAAAUUGGCAGGGGACCACGGAGAAGGGGAUGCAGGGUUUGCACACUCCUCUACAAGAGACAUAAGCCACCCUGAUGAA